CUAGCCGCCGCUACCGCUGAGACUGCGAUAGACAACGCGCGUUUCAAUCUAUACUUUGUGCCUGAAAACGAUAUGGGAUUAUUAUGUGCAACAUUUCCUAUCACCAUGGCCUGUGAAACCGAAAGCGGCAUUUUAAAGUCUUUGGAAACAGCUCGCACCUCGGGCGCAGAGAGAGUGAGGGACCAGGCCCACUGAUGUGAGGUGUGGAGCAUCUCUGAGUGCGCUCGGUCCACUCUGGAGCAUCAGGAUGAGUGGAACAGGAGAGCAGACUGAUAUUUUGGCCGUGGGGAGCAUGGUGCGGGAGCGAUGGAGAGUGCUGAAGAAGAUUGGCGGGGGUGGUUUUGGUGAGAUUUAUGAAGUCUUGGACCAGGUGAACCAGGUCAGUGUGGCUUUGAAAGUGGAGUCUGCACAGCAACCCAAACAGGUCCUGAAGAUGGAAGUAGCGGUUCUGAAAAGGCUUCAGGGUAAAGACCAUGUUUGCCGAUUUGUCGGGUGUGGCCGCAAUGACAGGUUCAAUUACGUGGUAAUGGAGCUUCAGGGAAGAAAUUUGGCAGACCUUCGACGCACCAUGGCUCACGGCACGUUCACCGUGUCCACCACACUCAGGCUGGGCAGACAAAUUUUAGAAGCCAUCGAGAGCAUCCACUCUGUGGGCUUCCUACACAGAGACAUCAAACCGUCCAACUUCGCAAUGGGUCGGCUAGCCAGCACGUGCCGAACCUGUUACAUGCUCGAUUUUGGUUUGGCACGCCAGUUUACAAAUUCAAGUCAAGAAGUUCGUCCACCACGCCCAGUGGCAGGGUUCAGAGGCACCGUCCGUUAUGCUUCAGUUAAUGCCCACAAGAACAAGGAAAUGGGUCGACACGAUGAUCUGUGGUCUUUAUUCUAUAUGCUUGUGGAGUUCAUGGUGGGCCAGCUACCCUGGAGAAAAGUCAAGGACAAAGAACAGGUGGGAAAUAUGAAGGAGACUUACAAUCAUCGCCUCAUGCUCAAGCACCUCCCAGAUGAGUUUAGUGUUUUCCUUGAUCAUAUCUCCAAUCUGGACUACUACACAAAACCAGAUUAUCAGCUCCUUAUGUCAGUCUUUGACAACAGUAUGAAGAGCUGUAAUGUGGUGGAAAACGACUCCUAUGACUGGGAGAGAACAGAUUCAGAUGACACACUUAAUGUUGGAACCCUGGCAACCACUGCCCAGCAGCUGACCCGUCUCACACCUGCAUACAUGGGUAUGGCCAAUGCCUCAGUGAUCCCAGGUGAUCUGCAGCGUGAGAACACAGAGGACGUCCUUCAAGGUGAGCGCCUCAGCGAGGCUGAUAAUUGCACGCCCAUCCCAACUCAGCCUGCGCAGGAAACAGAGAUAUGGGAGGAUGUGGAGCACAGCCGCGAUCGAAACCUCAACCAUGUUCAGCCGCUGAUCAGAAAGGUGGCUAGCGAGGAGGAGCGAAGCAAAGAGGGCAACCAGAGCCCCAACAGUGGGUCCAUCCAGGGGUCUCCCAGACGGGUGCGCUCUGAGACUUUGCUCAUUGACCGCGUGGCUCCUUUGCUUAGACGGAUGCGGCACAGCCAGAGCAUGGGACUGGACAAAAGAUUGACCCCUGAGCCUAAACCCACCAUUGAACGCUUCUUAGAAGCCUAUUUAGGGAAGCAACGGGGCUGCCUGCCCCAGGACAGGGCUGUGUGUCGGGUUGAGCAGGGCUCCUUGGAGGACGAGGAAGGGGCAGCCAGCAGCGGUUACGUGGCCGUCAACCUCAGCCCGGUCCCCCAAGAGGGUGACUCUCAGGAGUGGGUCCUUGUGGAGCUUGAAGGCGGAAGCGGUUCAGCUGGAUCUAAACCUGAUGAGGAAGAACGCUCAGGGAUCUCCCCACGCUCCUGCAGCCCUCUUGCCCUUCCUCGCACCUGGUCUGACCCUCUGCCCCAGCACACCAGUAGCCUGGGCGGAGAGUUCCAGGCAGGUGCAUGCCACACUGGACCUCCGUUCUCCCGGUUACAGGGCUUGCCUGGUUUGCCUGGCGUAACCGGACUAUCUGGGCUGUCUGGAUUGAGAAGAUUGCCCACAAUCCAGCCUGCAUCGAUGGUCCACCACAACAGGACUCAUCUUGAGCAGUCAUUCAAUGCUGUGCUACAGUCCGUCCAGCCUCCGCAGAAGAUAGAUGAAUCUAAGCUUGACAACCUGUCAUGCCCCACAGAAAAAGAGCACAACCACGUGCCGGCUAAAAGCCACAUUCUUGCAGAUGAAAACUUUGCAUCUGUUAAGGCCUCUGAGAAGGAUGUGGAGAGUGACUCUGGCUGUCCUAAUGGAGGACCUUCUUCAACCCCUAACCAGGUAGAGACAACUGGACACAGUGUUGAUGCGGUUCCGUCAUCCCCUCGUGAUCUCUCCCCCCGAGCCAGUCGCAUACCGGUCCGUGACCUGGACUCUCCCACCCGCAGGGGUUUUCCGGCUCCGCUUUCCCCUUCCUUUUCAUUUUCGUGCGAGCACUUCCCCUCGGCUAUGCUCCGCGACAAGUUCACCUUCCCCGCCAGCUCCCGGGGGUCUGACUGGCAAGGGGAGGAGCCACUGUCGUUAUCGUCUUCUUCAGGCCCUUUGUCAAGCAGGAGUAAGAUUCCGAGACCCAUUAGCCCCACUCUUGUGCCGGAACAGCUAUCUACUCGAUUCAUUCCUCGGCCGCCACCAGGAAAACCACCCCUUCGCACAGGUAGCGAAAACAGACGUAGACGCUACCGCAUUCGGGCUAGCAGCACCGGCGACGCAGAUCUUCUGGACAACCUCACUCAGCUUAUGCAGGAGCGAGGUGGCAUGGCCGUCAGCUCCUCCUCUCGUUACCAACAAGCCACCUCCUCUUCUCUUCAGCGCUCGCUAAGCUCCUCCCCUUCCCACUUUGAGGGCGGUCAGAGCCAGUCACCAAGUAGCUGUUCAGCCUCCCCGCCUCCCAGAAUCAGUGACUUGCGACUGCAUCAUGGGUCAGGGCAUUGCGGCAGAGUCAGAGCUGGAAGUCUUGAGAGCAAAGCCACAGCCAAAAUUAGCAAAUAAAGAGAAAAACAUGCACCUGAUGGUGAAAGAAAUGUGAUUUCAAGUAGCUUUUAAGGUCAAUAUUAAGCCUGAUGAACUGUAGCUUUUUUACAAGCGUUGUUUUGACAGAGAGGGAAUACAAACAGGUAUUCGGCAGUUGAACCUGUGAUAUUGGUUGUAAUUACUUGAAAGCAUUAUGUUUUUGUCAUUUAAUCAAAUAUUAUCAACUGUAACUUUCACCCACAAAAGUAAGCCAUUGCAUUGCAUUUCUUUAGGAUCAUUUUAAUUUAUUUUUUACACUACAUAUGGUUUGUGCCAAAUAAUCAUUUUUCCAUGUUUUAUUUGUAAAGUAUGAGAUCUGUCGUUUUUGUUACAUUUAAACAAUUUGCGGUCACUACAAGUGAGUGUUGUCAAUGAGUCUUACAGUAACUCAUUGUACUCUUUCAAACAGAUGCACGUUUCAGGAUUUGUGGGUGCAGCAUAUCCAACUCUAGCCUUACAUUUUUUUUACUACAUUUUAUAAUUUUGUUUUAUAAUAAUUUGUCACAAUUAAGUCAAAUUUUAAUUCCACAUUUCGGUCGAUAGCUAUCUAUACAAAUAAUAUCAAUUAUGUAUAGAUACAUAUGGUCCAAGCAAGCAUGUGUAUAUAUGUAUUUCAGGGAAUGUAUGUACUUUAAACUGUAUCAUCUAUAGAAUGUAUUUAUUUAUUUAUUGGAUGUGUUAACUGUACCUGACAAUGUAGCUUUAUUACUUGCUACUGAGUGAAUUUGCCAUCACGUUAAGGGUCAGCAACCUUGCAAUUGCCAAGUAUAAUCUCCUCCAUGCCUGUUAUAUCAUACUAACACAGUCACUGUAUAAAGUCAUAACAACAAUAAGAAAUGUACUGACAGUGAAACAAGGAACCCUUAAACAGAGCAAGGAACUCUUAAUCCACAACACUAUAAUCCCAUUAACAUAGUACUUGAAAACAUCUGCAAGAUGUGAUCUGUGUGAUAGAUUGGCUGUCUAUGACAAGAUGGUUUGCGGUUUUUGGGACUUCAGUCUGAUGAGUACAAGGCCCAUGAAGAUGUACAGGGAAAAGGAUUGUGGGUACUUGCUCAUUAACACAAUUUAGAAUUCAUUGUGUGCUUUUCCACUAGAUUAGUUGUUUGGUUCUGGUUUGUCUGGAAGUACAUUUACUUCAAACGCAUCAGUAUAGACACAUAACAAUGUUAUGAUGGCGUGCAUUUUAUGAAUUGUACAUAACUUAGACUGUAUAUAGAUAUAAAUAUAUUAAGAAACUCCA